ACCCCCUCGUGUGCCAUGUCGGCCUUCGUAGGUGCUCGCCAACAGCACUUGCCCCAACAGUCUGUUCAGACUACGCGAGGGGAUCCUUGUCUAUGUUGUGUAUUUACACCAUUUCAUGUUGCCUCUCAGACAUACAAGCCUUCAUAGGCCGCUGUUGCAUGAGGCCCUUAUCCGGUAUGAGUAUCAAGGCGGAGCAGCUGCCGCUCACCAGCAGCGUGCUGCUGGAGGAUCUGCCUGAGGGCGUUAGCAGGGACUACCUGGAGCUCUACCUGGAGAGCAGGAGUGGGCCUGCCGUCAAAGUGAAAGAGGUGGACUUCAGGGGUGGAUGCAGCGCAGCUGUCGUCCGUCUCCAGAGCAAUGAGGAUGUUGAGAAAGUGUUGAAGAGCGAGCUGCAUUUGAAAGAGAAGAUCGUCACAGCACACCGCUUUUACGAGGCGCAUGGUUUGGUGCUACUAUCAUGGGAUGAGGAGAUCUUCAAGGCACCUGAGCCUCAGCACCUAAAAGUAGAUCCCGUGCUGAUGGAGUUCAUUACAGCUCGCCCAGAGCAAUCUCAGCAGCUGCAGGAGUUUCUAAAUAAUCACAUGGCCACCUUCAAGUGGCCAAGUGGGGCCACGAAGGACGUCAUGAAGGUUUCACCUGCCUUUGCCGAAAGCCAAAAAGCCAAUUUCAUACUGAAAAGCAAAUGGUCAAAAUCCAUCCCCAAUGAGUUUAACAUUUUUUUUGAAAGAUAUAUGCAUUACUCUGAAACCAUCCAUGCGAAUAUAUUUGAUGAACUUGUGGCAAAGCUUUCUACAGGUCAGAAAGAUUGUGUGCAGAUUAUACCGGAUAAACAACAAUCUAAAAUAAGCAUAAUAGGUCAGAAAGUGGAUGUAGAACAUGUUGUUGAGGACCUUAAAAAAAUAAAACAAUUACGACGGGGGGAAGUGAAUGUCAAACAAACACUUGUUCAUUUGAUGCCCAACUUUAAAAAGCGUUUGCAGAAUGACUUUCCUGAAGUAGAUUUUCACGUUAAUGUCAAAAAGAGGUUGAUCACCGUGGAAGGCCCAAAGGAUGACUCCUUAGCAGCUGAGAGCAAAAUCCUGCAAAUGAUGCUGCAGUGCAGUGAGAAGCCCUGGAUAAUCUCUGAAGAACUUAAAGGCUUUGUGUUACAACUGAACCGUGAUGCUUUCAUAAAAAACACCUUUAGCCAAAAUGGCAUAGAUGCAUCCAUCUCAGAAAGGGGAAAUGACAUCAUGAUUGUUGGUGCGAGUGAAGAUGAUCUGAGCAAAGCAGAGGAUCUUCUGAACAUGACCUUUGUGGAGGUGAAAGUGAAGGCAAUUAAAGGGUUUGAUAUGAAGCAGAAUGUAAAUGAGUGGGAAGAAUUCCAGGAAGAACUGAAAGCCUCUCAGGAAUUGAGUGAAAUCAGAACUGACACAAUGUUCCAGAUAAAUUGCAUCAGUGGAAGUGAGAUACUCGUCACUGGCUAUAGAGACAUUAUCCAGCACGUUGCUAAACAAGUAGAGGGAUUCAUGGCUCUUAAUGUGACACUCAAUUGUUUUAUUCCUGUUCAUUAUAUGGGUGUUCUGCAAUACCUGGAGAAAUUUGUGGAUAUAACUAGCAUUCUGCCAAGUGGAACGACAUUUAAAAUAGACUACAAACAUAGAGGCUUUAGCAUUACCACAAAAAAAAGAGACAGAGAUGGAGUUAUCGAACUGAUAGUAGAUAUUUCCCAAAGCAUAACCUCCUGUGAGAGAACCAUUCGAAAGCCAGGCACUGCCAAAUCUUUGUAUUCACGAGGUAAAAUGUUGUUUGGGGUGUUGGAGAGGAAACAUACAUGCAUAAUCCUCAUCGAUCAGCCAAGGGACCAACAGGAAGAAUCUCAGCAAAAUGCAGCUCCUCAAACCUCCAGGCAUGGAAUAACUGGAUGUGACGAGGCCCUGCAGUCAAAUUUAGUUGAGCGUGAACUGCAGCAGCAAGAUGAUUUUUCUGCCCUGGCAAACACUGGCAUGACGCUGUUGAGCAUCCAGGUUUACUCAAUCUCAGCCGAGACCAACAAAAAGGUCCUCGAUGAAAUAGAAGAAAAGCUCACCACCGAAGGAUGCCCAAAUACAAUAGAUGAUAAAGCAAUCGCAGAGUUUGCUCACACGGAGCGAGACGCAAUACGUUCCCUCCAGGAUAAAUACCAAGUACGAAUUAUUUUCACUGCACAAGACAAGAUCAGUGUCCAAGGCAGCGACAGCAGUGUGAGGCAAGCUUCGGCUGAGCUCUACGCCAUGGUGAAUGAUGCAAAAGAACGGAGGAGAAACUCUGUGCAGGAUGAACUGCUCGCGCACGAAAUGCAGUUGAUGUUCUUUCUCGAUGACCACGACCUGCUCAGGCCAUCGCUUUAGGAUUCAGGAUGUUAUCAUUUCGCUGAAGAAACCAGGACUGAGGUUUCCGUGGGAGAGCAGGCAGCUCGAGGGUUUCGUCAAUAUCGCUGAACACGUUGAGAAAACCAAGUAUGGGAAAACUCACCCCAUGAUUAAAAAAAAAGGUGGCCCCUAGUAUGUGACCACCAGUUAGGGCCGUGUAUGUCCAAGGGAGUGCAGUAGAGAGGGCUUACACAGAGAGCCCUUGUAGUCUACAUUUUCCCAUAUCAUAUUUGUCAAAAGGAUAUCUUGGAGGUAAUGCACCCCAGCAAUUUUUUACCUGGCUAUAACGUUCAUAACAAUGGUAUUUAGUGCAAUAAAUAGCCGUUGCAAGAAAGUAUUUGGUUGUAGAUCCUUUAACAAUCUUAACUGGUACACAUUCUAGGCAGGUUUUUUAACAAAUUAUUUCACAAGACUCCAAAAAUGUCAGUGACAUUUUGUUCAUGGUCCCCCGCCUCCCAAACUAGGCUCUCGUCACCCUAACACUCUGCCCCUGCCGACGAAGGCCCAGAACUGCGACGGAAAUUCCACUGGUUGACAUCUGUGGUGUGUGGCAGUUUGAGUCUGCUGUCCAGUAAUCGAAGACAGCGGCAAACCUCAAGCAAACAAACAUGCCCUUUAUUGUAAAUAUGGUGUGUUAACACAAGUGAUUCGAGCGAAAACCUAUUAAGGCUGGUAUGACACAUAUGAUGGUUAGUAUCGCACACACCAGGCACACAAGAUAAUGCCUAAUAGAGCCGUAUCUGUACGACUGGGUUGUCAGGUGCUGACCGCAAUAGCUCAUUGUGGGGGAUAUGUGGGGAUAUGUGGGUAUAGCACUCUAAGGCAGGUUGCUUUCGCCUCAACGGCGCUGUUUAUACACUUGUGGUUGAACAUAAACCGGCCAAAGGGGCCGCAGGAGUAGUUGUCAGCGUUGAAGACGCACAGGCUAAUCAGAGGGCCGGGCGAGCAGCACGCAGGGCCGGGAGCCUGGAUUGAUCACGGAGAUGAGUGAGGGGCCACAUGCAUGGCCAGGAGAUUCGAAGGGAAAGGAUGCCAUAAAGAAACGGAUAGGGUGGAGAAGGGGAUUGGUGAAAGUGGGAACUUAAACUAAACUAUAAACAAACCUUUUUUUAUUUUACCAGGUAAGGCCCACUGGGCUAUUUAGUUGUUUUUCAGAAGCGACCUGGCCACAAAUGAUAGCUCAAUGAAGUGGCUUAUGUGGUAAUGUAUAGCAGCCAAAUAUGGAGUCUAAACUUCAGCGGAGUUUAGAGAUUCUAGAAUCUAGAUGGUUCGAGAGGGAGAAGAGGAUAUAUUAUGUGAGCAUGGGGCCCUUGUGGGGAUGAUGCAAGAACGGCAUAAUGGAGCGGUAAGAAAAGUGUACGUUGUAUGUAUGUUGAACUUUCGCACCGUACGUAGCCAACCGUGCUAACUGCACGUGGUGUUAAAGACUGUGGGACAAUAAAGUACCUCUUAAUGAAAAAAAGUAAAAAAAACGUGUGGACCGCCACGCACUUCAUCAGGCACUCAAUGAAGGUUGAGUCAAUAUAACGGAUAUCCAGGACACGUUCUGAAACCGCCUGCUAAUUGAACUGCUUGACUCAUUGGCACUUCACAAGUGUGUUUUUUUAUACACGUGUAUGUAUGUUGAACCUCUUUUGCACGGUACAUAGCCAACCGUGCUAAUUGGAGGUACGACACCAAACUAUUAACGCAUACAACUUAUCCGGCCAUUACUCUGUGGCGUGGACUGCCAUCUUUAGAUGCUGAGAGUCCACAAGAAAGACCUCUCACUGUGUAACUGUGGACAAUAAGACAGCAACCACUUGAUAUCGAUCAAGCACGACAUCAAAGACGAAAGAGCUUGGGGCAAUGUCUAAUUUUGAUGAAGUAUGCAUUUGAGUGUCAUCCGCAUAUACAUCAUAUUUUAUACCGUACCACUGAAUGACCUUACUGAGUAGUAUACAGAUGAAAAACAAUAGCGGUCCAUGCUCUUGAGUGCUGAACAACUUAAACAUGACAGGGCCUCAUUUAGAAAUGGAUAGGCCAAAGGCCACAAAGUGUCCUCCGGCCUGUAAAAAAAUUACCUUAGCCACAGAAGUGUCAUGCCGGUCACCCCAACAGCAGAUUCAAUGCAGUGUAAAAAGACUCCGUAAUCGAUAGUGUCAAACGCAGUCAGCAGCCAUAAGUAAUUCGUCACAAGGAACCACAGGCAAGCGGGAAAGGUAGCAGCCAGGAGGUAAAUCGAUUCAUAAUAAAGGUUUUUGGGUUAGAUCGUGUUUAUUUAUAAAUGUGUCGUAACCCUCCACCACC